AACAUAUUGUAUGCCAACCGCGGUUAAACCCCACUGAAGAAGAAGAAGAACGACGACUCACUGUUGUGCUGUCAAUAUGCUCACCUUUGUGUCCGUUUCAAAUGCAUUACUACAGGACGACUCAGAUUCAGUCUGAGGCCGGUAACAUCAACAGUGAGGACAAACCCAGCCUGCCUCUCUCCUUCCACACUGAGUCCAAACCUACAGUCACUGGGUCCUGAUUGUGACAGUGGAGCCCAGUUUGCUCUGCAGGAUCCAGAGAUGGCAUCAGUGAAGCUGGAAGACUGCAGUCAAACACUGGAGCUGAAUGUCAACAUUAAAGAUGAAGAAGAAGAGGAGGAGAUUGGUACAUCUGUUUCUCAUGGGGACCAUGUUGAGACAUUCUCUACAUCCAGAGAGCAACAGCAGGAAGAUCACAGACCUAAGAGGUCUCACUACUGCCCACAUUGUGAGGAGGUUUUCCCAUUUCUAUCAGGACUAAAAAUACACCUACAAAUACACACAGGAGACAAUCCGUAUUCCCCCUCUGACUAUGAGAAGAGAUUCACAACAUCACAUUCUCUGACAGUUCACCAGAGUGUGCACUCUGGAGAGAAGCCUUACUCCUGCUCUGACUGUGGGAAGAGUUUCUCUCGACUGAGCCAUUUAAAAAGACACCAAAGUAUACAUAAAGGAGAGAAGCCUUACUCCUGCUCUGACUGUGGGGAGAGUUUCGCUCAACUGGGGACUUUAAAAAAACACCAACGUAUUCACACAGGCGAGAAGCCUUACUUCUGCUCUGACUGUGGGAAAAAUUUCUCCCGAUUGGAUACCUUAAAAACACAUGAACGUAUACAUACAGGAGAGAAGCUUUACUCCUGCUCUCAUUGUGGCAAAUGCUUCACAACAUCAACUGAGCUAAAAGUUCAUCAGAGAACACACACAGGAGAGAAGCCUUACUCCUGCUCUGACUGUGGGGUGAGUUUCUCUCGACUGGGCCACUUAAAAACUCAUGAAAGUAUACACACAGGAGAGAAGCCUUACUACUGCUCUGACUGUGUGAAAUUCUUCACAACAUCCACUGAGCUAAAAGUUCAUCAGAGAACACACACAGGAGAGAAGCCCUACUCCUGCUCUGACUGCGGGGCGAGUUUCUCGCAACUGGGCAACUUAAAAACACAUGAACGUAUACAUACAGGAGAGAAGCCUUACUACUGCUCUGACUGUAGAAAAUGUUUUAAAACAUCAACUGGGCUAAAAGUUCACCAGAGAACACACACAGGAGAGAAGCCUUACUCCUGCUCUCACUGUGGAACUAGUUUCUCUCGAUUGGGACACUUAAAAACACAUGAACGUAUACAUACAAGAGAGAAGCCUUAAACAUGCUCUUGACUGUGGGGCGAGUUUCUCUCGACUGGACAACUUAAAAACCCAUAAAAGUAUACACACAGGAGAGAAGCCUUAUUACUAGAUCUGUGGCGGCCAUGACGUUGUGUCAGCCGGUGAUUGUCAUAUAAAUAAUUACCAGUCUCAUGGUAAUUGACCGGUAAUUAACCUAAACAUGUUUAGCAUAUCUUGGCUUCCACAUAUAGCCUACAAGCCACUGAUGUGGACCUUUUGAAACAUCUACAUUGUAAAAAGUACAAUAAAUCCAUUUAAUAUA